GGUGCGCCUCGCCUCUCGCCCCGCCACGCUCCGCCCUGCCAGAGGUCCUUGCCACUGCAGCCCGGCCAGCCCGGCCCUGCCCUGCUCAAAGCAAACAAGCCGGCCACGCUCCCCUCGCUCGUCGAGCUCCUCGACGUCGUGGUGGUCACCGCAUCCGCCUUCCGUCGCAACACACCCGGCCGGCAGGGCCCGACGCCGCCCGCGUCCGAGACCCCCCGCCUCCAGGACCGGAACCGCCCGGUUCCCGCACGCCCAGGGGCCUUGCGCGGCCUGGGUGCUCUGAACACAGGAGUGUCCCUCGCCGAUCAGUAAGAACGGGUGCCUUCGCAGAGACUCGUUGUCUGCACCAGGCGAAAUGGCGCAGCAGAUGUACUAUUGGGGUGAGGAAAAAGAGGCGGCGGACCCGGACCACACCUUCAUCGAGUUCUCCGCCAAGGCACCACCGAGUCGAGAGGUGACGGCGGCCGACAGCGGUGGCGCGUCGAGGCGCGUAGCCUGUCCUCCUGGAGGUCCUUCUGGGGGUCCUUCGGGGGCGUCCUCGCUGGCGGGGCAGUCCGCGUCGCACCAGGGGAACCAGGAGGGGCGCGUGGGCUGGGGCCACAAGCUGGACUUCCUGUUCUCCUGCAUCUCCGUGUCCGUCGGCCUGGGCAACGUCUGGCGGUUCCCGUACCUCUGCUACAAGAACGGCGGCGGUGCGUUCCUCGUGACCUACGCCAUCGCCAUGGUGUUCUGCGGCGUGCCGAUCUUCUUCCAGGAGGUCGCCAUCGGGCAGUACUUGGGCUCCGGCGGCAUGACGCUCGUGGGACAGCUGUGCCCUAUCCUGCAAGGCGUGGGCUACGCCACGAUGACGCUGGUCUUCUUCCUCGACAUCUACUACUGCAUCAUCAUCGCCUGGACGCUCUUCUACCUCAUCGCGUCCUUCGUCACGCUGCCGGACUUGCCGUGGAGCGGAUGUGACAACGAGUGGAACACGGCGCACUGCUACGACCCGCGCGCCAACGGGUCCUUCCUGGGCGACAACAAGACGGACCGGCCGGCCAACAGGACGUCCCCCGUCGAGGAGUACUGGGAUCGGCGCGUGCUGCGCAUCACGGGCGGCAUCCACGACCUGGGCGGCAUGCAGUGGGAGCUGUUCGCCUGCCUGGCCCUGGGCUGGGUGCUGGUCUACUUCAUCAUCUACAGGGGCCUGCACCAGAGCGGCAAGAUCAUCUGGUUCACGGCGCUGUUCCCGUACGCCAUCCUGGCCGUGCUGCUGGUGCGCUCCGUGACGCUGGAGGGCGCGGGCGCGGGGCUGCUGUACUACGUGACGCCCCGGUGGGAGGCGCUGCUGGGCCCGGGGCCCUGGAUCGACGGCGCCACGCAGAUCUUCUUCGCGUACUCCAUCGGCAUGGGCGCGCUGCCCACGCUCGGCGCCUACAACGCCUACAACCACAACAGCUACAGGGACGCGCUCAUCACGUGCGUGGUGAACACGCUGACGUCGCUCAUCGCCGGCGUGGUGACGUUCAGCAUCCUGGGCCACGUGGCCCUGGAGCAGGGCACCACCGUGGCCAACGUGGUGACCUCGGGGCCCGGGCUGGUGUUCCUCACGUACCCCGAGGUGGUGCUGCGGCUGCCCGGCGCCCCCGUCUGGUCCGCCGUCUUCUUCACCAUGCUGGUGGUGCUGGGCAUCGACAGCGAGUUCUGCAUCGUGGAGGCCCUGGUGGCGGGGCUGGCCGACCAGUGGCCCGUCCUCAAGACGCACCGCAAGAAGUUCACCGCCGUGGUGUGCGGCCUCAUGUUCCUGCUGGGCCUGCCCAUGGUCACGCACGGUGGGGCGUACAUCUUCCAGCUCAUGGACUUCUACUCGGUGUCCGGCAUGUCCCUGCUGUGGGUGUGCUUCUUCCAGACCAUCGCCAUCGGCUGGAUCUUUGGCGCCAAAAACUUCAGCGCCUGCAUCAAGUCCAUGAUGGGCGUGGAGGUGAACAAGUUCUGGUACGCCUGCUGGGUGGUCUUCGCGCCUGCCGUCAUGGUGGCCAUCUUCGUGUUCUACGUGGUGCAGUACGAGCCCCUGACCUACGGCAGCUCGUACCAGUACCCGCUGUGGGCACAGGGCCUUGGCAUCGCCAUCAGCUUCUCCUCCAUGAUCUGGAUCCCCGCCUACGCCGUCUACUACAUGAUCAAGUCCAAAGGCACCUUCAAAGAGCGCCUGCUCCGCGGACUCAAGCCGGACAUCAAGUGCAAGGCCAAGAUCCCCGCCGGCCAGAAGGGCCCCGUCAUCCCCAUGUCCGAGAGCUCGGCCGGGCUGCUCACCAAGAACAGCAGCUUCCUCAACCAAUAACGCCAGCCACGCCAGCUGCGGCACGGGGGCCUGCACUGCGAAGCCAAGGAACCACCGGAGGAGGCGGCAGAGACUAACAACGUUCACUGUUGAAAUUCCCGAAGAACAUGUCGGGAGAAAAGUUGCCUUUCUUUCGGAAAGGAUGUUUGAAUGAGUAUCCAGCAGGUAUGGAACAAAAAAAACUGCAUGAAGCCUCGGGAAAUUCCCGAGGAAGCUUCAGAACUUCGGAACGCACUUUCGGGAUUUUCCAAUUAUUUUUAACAGUGUUCCGAACGCCUCCCCGGCCCGGGACCGCAGCGCCACGGAGAUCUCUUUAGUGUAGUUCGCUUCUUCUAGAGACACCGCCACCACCGGUACGGCUCUGUUUUGUAAAUCGCUUGUACCGUAGUUACUUCUUUUUAGAACUCAGGUGCGUGCCCUUCGGAGGAGUCAUAUCUCACUUUUUGGGUGCGCGACUGUUAGAACUACUGUUUAAUCGUUGGAAACUGUACUCGCGAGCCCAGUCUUUCCCAGUCUUCCAGAUCUCCGUGGAACGCGGCAGAGGAAUACCAAAGAGACUCGUUCCUACAAGUGACCCCACUAAUAUACUACCUGUGUGUUUCUCUGCGUCAAUUGUAUUCAGUUUCACUAGAAUUCUGUUUCGCCCGAUACGACUAGCCAACCACUUCGUUAGAGUUGUGUGUACUCACCAUGUAGCUUACAAAAAUAACAAUAAUAAUAAAGAAAUUCCUUCUGUAGCAGAAUCUUUGUCAUUUCGUGAAUAUAUCACGCCUGUGGUAUCGACAAACUGAGUGCUUUUGAAACUGGUUACGUGUGCAUUGUUAAAGAAAAUGUUCCUUUCAGUAGUUUUAUCGGUGUGGUUGAAAAAGAAAUGUAUAUCUGUAAAUAGAAAAAUUAUAUUAACAGACCAAUUAUAGAGUUUACCUAGUCGUAGGAAUGUUGUGUUCUUCUUGGCCCCCAAAUAACACGAAAUGCUCACCGAGGCGUCAUUUAAUCUCAAUAACGACUAAUAACGACUGAUUUUAGUCAAUCAAUACAUUGUUUUGAGUUCAUUUUGACUUUCUUUGGCUGCUCCGUGAGUGUUUCGUGUCCUUUGGGCCGCACCCUGUACAACGAUGAGAAAAUACUCAGACACAUAGUCUGGAGAUGGCCCUUGUUCGAAUCCAUUGUGGGCGAGGUUGUUUAAAGGUAUGUAAGGCGAUGAAACCGCAGGCCACUGCUUCAACACUUACAGGGCAAAACCCCAAAAUGUAUCAAAAUUAUAUUCUACAAUAAGAGUGAAAAAUAAAAAGCUUAAAGCUA